CGGCUCUGUACACUCUCGUAUGGCAAGGUGAAACUGGUUUUGAAACACAACAAAUACUUUGUAGAAAGCCCUCAUCCGGAGGUGCUUCAGAAGUUGCUCAAAGAUCCAGUCAUUCAGAGUUGUCGACUGCGACGCACAAAUGAGGAAGGCGAUGGUUUCAUUACGCAAACCAUGGAGAAGAAAGGAAUUACGGCGUUCGGAACAACCAAGAUUGGGCCAACAACAACAGUUCCUGGAGCUACUGGUACGGCUUCAACAACCGAAGGAGAGAAAGCGGUUGAGCCAGAGGCAGCAACCGUAGUUCCGGAUGACAUUACCAACUUUUACGAUAAAAUGGAUAACGAGGAAGAGGAAGAUGAAGCAAACUUCAACACUGUUUCGUUUGAGGUAAACCAGGAAAAGAUUGAAGUGCUGCAGAAGCGUUGCAUUGAGAUUGAGUUUCCUCUGCUGGCAGAGUACGAUUUCCGAAACGAUACAAUCAAUGCAGAUAUCAAUAUUGAUCUGAAACCGGCUGCUGUUUUGCGUCCGUAUCAGGAGAAAAGCUUAAGAAAGAUGUUUGGUAAUGGGCGAGCUCGCUCCGGUGUUAUUGUACUGCCUUGUGGUGCUGGAAAAUCACUGGUAGGAGUUACGGCUUGUUGCACUGUUCGCAAACGUGCGCUAGUUCUGUGCAACAGUGGUGUUUCCGUGGAACAAUGGAAACAACAGUUUAAAAUGUGGUCUACCGCUGAUGACAGUAUGAUCUGUCGAUUCACUUCCGAAGCUAAGGACAAACCUAUGGGAUGUGGUAUUCUGGUAACUACAUAUUCUAUGAUAACCCACACCCAGAAGCGAUCCUGGGAAGCCGAACAAACCAUGCGCUGGCUCCAGGAGCAGGAAUGGGGAAUAAUGGUGUUGGACGAGGUACACACCAUCCCAGCGAAAAUGUUCCGAAGAGUGCUCACGAUAGUUCAAUCUCAUUGCAAGCUUGGACUUACGGCAACGUUGCUGCGAGAGGACGACAAAAUUGCUGACCUCAACUUUCUCAUCGGUCCCAAGCUGUACGAAGCCAACUGGUUGGAACUUCAAAAGCGAGGAUACAUUGCCCGAGUCCAAUGUGCCGAAGUUUGGUGUCCAAUGGCACCAGAAUUCUACCGUGAAUAUCUCAUUACUAAAACUUCCAAGAAGAUGCUCCUAUACGUUAUGAAUCCGGCUAAGUUCCGUGCUUGCCAGUACCUUAUCCGUUAUCACGAGAAACGUGGAGAUAAAACCAUCGUCUUCAGCGAUAACGUAUUCGCACUCAAGCAUUACGCCAUCAAGAUGAACAAACCCUAUAUCUACGGGCCAACGUCCCAAAGUGAACGUAUUCAAAUUCUGCAAAAUUUCAAAUUCAACCCCAAGGUCAACACUAUUUUUGUCAGUAAAGUCGCCGAUACCAGUUUCGAUUUGCCGGAAGCUAACGUGCUGAUUCAGAUAUCUUCUCAUGGCGGAUCGCGUCGUCAGGAAGCACAGCGUCUAGGUCGUAUUCUUCGUGCCAAAAAGGGCGCCAUCGCCGAGGAGUACAAUGCGUUCUUCUACACACUUGUGUCCCAGGACACCUUGGAAAUGGGCUACUCUCGGAAGCGACAGCGUUUCUUGGUGAACCAGGGCUACAGUUACAAGGUGAUUACGCACCUUGCCGGAAUGGACAGCGAUGCGGAUCUGUUUUACAAGACUCGCGAAGAGCAGGGCCAACUGUUGCAGCAGGUUCUUUCCGCCUCGGAUAUGGACUGCGAGGAUGAACGUAUUCCGGGUGAGGGAACGGGGGCUCCUCGACCGGGUGGAUCUAAACGUACCGGUGGGCUGAGCUCGAUGUCCGGGGCGGACGAUGCCGUUUAUCUAGAGUUCCGUAGGAAGAAGGAGCAUCUGCAUCCGUUGUUCAAGAAAUUCCGUGGCUGAAAGAUUGUUAUUGCGAGGAAAUUAUCUGCCUAUUGUUUCAGUACCUACUAAUGUUUCUUUGGUUGUUU